AUUACUCGGCAGACGGCAGCGCACACAUUCACUUGGCCUUGGCUUUUGCCUUUGUGCUGUGACUUGCAAGGAACGUCGGCGAGAGGGCCGGGCAGGCAGGCAGGCGCACAGCACAGACUCCUCCAUCCUCGCCCACCGGCCGGCCGGCGCUCCCGAUGGCGUCCAGGUGCUUCUUCCCCAGGGACGCUGCGGCCGCCGACCACCCGCAGUCCAAGGCGGCGGCGGCCCAGGCCCUCGAGCGGCUGCACCACGGCGGGCGCCUCCUGUCCAGGGAGGACGUCGGGGGCGCGGUGCGCGUCAAGAUCGUCGUCAGCAAGCGCGAGCUCAAGCAGAUGGUCGCGGCGCUCGGCGACGGCGGUCUGGUGGCCGCGGCCAGCAGCGAGCGCCACCGGCAGCGCGCGGCGGCAGCGGCAGGGCCGGGCGCCGAGCAGAGGCUGCAGUCGCUGCGGCGGCGCAGCGUGCGGCGGGCGGCCGAGGCUGCCGCGCGGCGGAUGCAGGCGGGCGGGGAGUGGGAGCCCGGCCUGCAGAGCAUCCCCGAGGAGGUUUGCUGAUGACUACCAGACCAGUAGAUGAUGUAUGAUGAUGGCGUCCUUCUCUUUCAUGGCUAGUAGUAGUAGUAGCAGUAAUCUCUUGACUAAUUGUGGCUUGGAUACGUUUUGAUCCAUCACUUGCCUCGCUGCUGCUAAAAGCGCGCUAGGAGAUGUAUGGUGUUGUACAGCGCUGUUCUCGUUCUGCUCUGGGCUAUCCUGGCCCAGUACGGCUGCUUCUUGAUGUAGUUUCUGCGUACGUUUUGCCCU